GCAUCAAAUUUACAUUUCUUUCUUUUUUUUUGGGUUCAUUUAUUUGGCUGUGCACGUGCGUCGAGAGCAUUUUCAGCUGCAAGAGUGCACAAUGGAGCACCACACAUAUGCAAAAAGUGGCUCCAAGAAGUGGUCUGUGGAGGAGAAGCGUCAGCUGGUGACCAAACGCAUCGAAGCCGAAGAUUUGUUCUCCAAGUAUUCGUCCAAGCAGACGGAGCCAUGGAAAAAGUUCAAGGACAUGGCCAAAAUAGGCGAUUACAGCGAACGCGCCCUGCGCAAACAGUGGCUCAACAUGGUGCAACGGUAUCGCAUCCAGAAGUCGAAUAUGCAGGUGACGCCGCUGAACAAGCAGUGCAUCGAUGUGCUGAACGAGGAGUGGGAGUUCUUUGGCGAGAUCCAUGCGUAUAUGAACCAGAAGACCACCGACCUGCACUCAUACGCCCUCAAGGAGCCCAAUGUCCAGGAGCAGCCGCACCCUGACACCCAUUCCCAUUCGCAGUCGCCCAACCAUUUGGCCAUUCGUGGCGUUGUCAAUGACCACAAUUUCGGUCCGUUGACAGGUGCGAAGCCAUUUCAGAAGAGAUACCAAAUGGGGGCGACUCCUGUGGAUCGGCCGACACCACAGGAUCAGCAGGAUGAUCAGCUGCCCCAAGGCAGCUGCAAUGAGCAGCGCUAUUCUCACUUCAGUGUGACAACGGGUGACGACUCGACCUUGGACCUAUUUACUGAUUCAGAUUCCCAGGAGAGCUCACAACCAUCGGAUCCGGUUGCUGUCGAGGUAUCCGAUCUAUCGGAAGUGGAGUCCCUCUUGGCCUCCCCCUUGCCCGCUAAGUCAGCGUCCGAUAUCUGCGAGCCGAACACUGUCGAACAGCUGCCCACCAGCUACGAAACAGCAUCGGGCUCCAUGCCGCUGGACGAGCAGCCGCCGGCAACCAAAUCGGCCAGCUGGUCAGGAUCAGCAUCAGCAGGGAAGAAGCCGGCGACGGCACAGAGGAAGCGCAAGGUACUGAGCGAAAAGGAGAAAUACUAUAGACAUCGUCGCCGCUACGAGCAUCGCAUGGAGCGCCGUCUGGGCGGCCUGUGCAAGGUGGCGGGGCAGGUGCUGGAGAAGCUGAUGCCCGGCGUGAAUGUGACGCCGCUGCUCACAGAUAUCUACAAUAGCGUCGACGACUACAACUGCGACAGCAGCUGCGACGACGACGACGAUGGCGACGACGAGUCCAAUGAUGAUGCAGUGCCUCAGCAGUGAGCGAAGUGUGGCAGAAGCUUCAAACAUCAUGUUCCUCUAUAUAAGAAUCAUAUAUUGCUUUAUUUACAUACAUACACCCACCCACACACACACACACAUACAGGACUAGUAGAAAUGGAGAAAUCACGACACACACACACACACAAGACUUGACUAAGCUCUAGAAAGUUUCAAUUUUCACACACACACACACGGCAAGGAUUAUUGUAUGUAGAUGUUCGCUUAUUGUUAGAGAUAAACACACACACACAUACACACAUAGCAAUACUACAAAGA